GUCGCGCGCGGGGCGUGGGGCGGUGCUGGGCAGCGGAGCCUGAGGCGAGCUCGACGCCGGGACUGUCCAGGGAGGCGCAGCGCAGCGCGGCGGGAGCCCUCAGCCCGAGCAGCCCCCGGAGCAGAAGCAGCCGCCGCCGCCGUCCACGGAGCGUAGCCGAACCGGCCAUGGCGUUGUCGAUGCCGCUGAACGGGCUGAAGGAGGAGGACAAAGAGCCCGUCAUCGAGCUCUUCGUCAAGGCUGGCAGUGAUGGUGAAAGCAUAGGAAACUGCCCCUUUUCCCAGAGGCUCUUCAUGAUUCUUUGGCUCAAAGGAGUGGUAUUUAGUGUCACAACUGUGGACCUGAAGAGGAAGCCUGCAGACCUGCAGAACUUGGCUCCUGGGACCCACCCACCAUUUAUAACUUUCAACAAUGAAGUCAAAACGGAUGUAAAUAAGAUUGAAGAAUUUCUCGAAGAAGUCUUAUGCCCUCCCAAGUACUUGAAGCUUUCACCAAAACACCCUGAAUCAAAUACUGCUGGAAUGGACAUCUUUGCCAAAUUCUCCGCAUAUAUCAAGAAUUCAAGGCCAGAGGCUAAUGAAGCAUUGGAGAGGGGUCUCUUGAAAACCCUGCAGAAACUGGAUGAAUAUCUGAAUUCUCCCCUCCCUGAUGAAAUUGAUGAGAAUAGUAUGGAAGACAUUAAGUUUUCUACGCGUAAAUUUCUGGAUGGCAAUGAAAUGACAUUAGCUGAUUGCAACCUGCUUCCCAAGCUGCACAUUGUCAAGGUGGUGGCCAAAAAAUACCGCAACUUUGAUAUUCCGAAAGGGAUGACCGGCAUCUGGAGAUACUUAACUAAUGCGUACAGUAGGGACGAGUUCACCAACACUUGUCCCAGUGAUAAGGAGGUCGAAAUAGCCUAUAGUGAUGUAGCCAAAAGGCUUACCAAGUAAAUGUCACUGAUGAGAGAGAUGUCUUCGCAUCUUCCCCUAAGAAUAUGCUUUUCCUAACAGACUGCUCCUGUUCCUAUAAAGUAGAAAUUUUAUUUUGCAUGAAUGUGCAGUUAUUCAAGAUAACGAUAAAGGAUAGACAAGGUAUAGUAGCUAUCUUUAAAUAUACACUCCUAAGCAGUAUUAUGUUUAAAACUCUGUAUCCUGUGUCCCUCCCCUGCCCCAUACUCUCCUCUCCUCUAACUCAGAGACGCGCCGCCACACUCCCCCCUUGAGCGGUAGAUCGCUGUCUGUCCGGAGCCCUGACCGUUUCGUCUGUCCACAGUGGACAGAGGGCCGAACUUCGGAUGUGCCGUGUUUAACUGUUAAAAUAGUACCCACGACCUCCUCAGUCAGCCCCAAACUGGUGCACAGUGCAUGGUACAAGGAGUGUUUAUGUGUUCUGGGAAUUGUGUAAUAUGUAGUAAGAGCAUAUGAAAGGACAGCUAGUGUAUCAGAAUACUCUGUUUCAGUUCAGUCUGUCCUGGGUCUGCCGCCACCGGUGAAGAGAGCCUUCCACAGAAAGUCACUACAGAGUUUGCUGUUUUUACUUUGUACAUGGAUUUUUACUUUUGCGCAAAAACAUUUAUCCUUCAUGCCAGCUCUAUCUGAGGCUCCGUAGAAGCUCAAAGUUCAGAGAGAGGGGUGAUGCCCUCAAGAUCUUCCUCAAGCAUUUUAUCUCUAGGAGAAAAACCAGUGGGCCCUGCUACUCUGUCCGCAUGUGUUGUUUUUUAUGUGUAUUCUGCCCAGUGUCAUUUGUUUGGAACUUUAUUGCUUUCCUCCUUUAUUUUAAAAAGCUCCCUUUUAGGUAAGCAUAGACCUUGCUGUCCAGAGAUCUGUUGAGUAACACUACAUAAACUGAUACUUAAUUGAUUUAGCUACAGCAGUACAACAACUUGUAAUGUCAGAAUUAACGCAGGUAUUAACCUAAGGAAUGUAGCUUGGGUCUGUCAGAAUAUUAGGCAGAAUUUUGUUUCUGAAGCAUAUUUAAUUAAUAUGGAUAAUCUAAAGGAUGCAUUAUCCAUCAUAUAUCAAAAGCAAGGUAAAACACACAUUACCAGCUUUCCCAUUCCACCCCCCCUCCCCAAUGACUGUUAAACUUUGGGUAGAGGGUGGUUCACUCCUUUUGAACUAUAUUAUAGUUGUAAUGGUGAAUACGUAUUUACUGCAGUUUUGCCUAAUCUCAAUCAUUGAACUUCCUUCGAUUAAAUUUUUCUAAAGCUACAUUGAGGAAUAGCACUCUGCAUGUUUGUUUGUUUGUUUUUUAAUCGAAGUCCUAAACCAGGAAUGAUUGGUUCUCUAACAAGGGAAGAUGAACUUGGUAAAAAUAAAACAAAAGUUUGCUACGUAUUUAUUCAUUUUUUAAAAAUGGACUUUCUAAGUACUACUGCUCCAAAGACCGUGGUUGUAACUAAAAUACAUUUUUGGUAAUUUUUUAUAUGUAACUUGUUUAAGAUGUGCUAUUUCUCAUAGUCUGUUUUUGGAAAUUUAUAUUAUUGCUUUAAAAUGGCAAUGUUUCCCCCCCUUUGGUGUGUUAACAUUUAGUAAUCACUGGCGUUAUGGAAGCAACCUGAUUUUUAUAAGCAUUUACUGCGUUUUUUAACCUGUCAGUACUUAGCUUGGUAUAGAAAGAUAAACUCCAGAUUGUAUCCAUUUGGCUCAGGGAGGUUUCUUUGCCUUGCCCUUCUUACAACUCCUUAUUGCUGAUCAAAAGUCUGGGCACCCACCUUUUUGUAAUUAAAUAUUGGAUAGUGACUUAUCUGGUUGCAAGAAAAGCACUCAGGUUAUCACUGAGAAGUUCCAGAGCAGUAGUUUCAGUGGGUGAAAAUGUCCUGUGUGCACCAGGACAUGGGCAGCCAUCGCCGCUUCCCACCUCCUUUUAAACCGGUAGUGACUUGACAUUCAGGUGAUCCUGAACCUCGCCUUAGGGCUCUCAAGGUAUGAAAAAGAUUCAGGAGAAGGGUCUGUUCCUUCCAGUGAGCAGGGGACGAGUGCUGCAGAAUAGAGGGGCUAAUGAGGAUGGAGGUGCAUUGCUCAAAAUAGAGGGACGAAAACCACAUUCUGAAAUUCAGUCAUGAACUGGUUUCACUUUGGAUAUUUAUUCUCUUCAUUGUCUCUUGAUUGUAUUUGGCUCUCUCUCUAGAUGUCCAAGAAAGGCCGGUCUGUCUGUUAUGAUUUUGAUGUAGAAAGACAGAUUUUAUUAUUACGUUAUCAGGGAAGAUAGUUAGAUGAAAUUGAGAUUGGCAUACGGACAAAAGCUAGGAAAAAGGAUGACCCAGAACAUGAUUUUUUCCCUCAUUUUAUACUUGUGGAAAGAUCAUAGCUUAAAAUCUUGGGAGAUUUUAGGCCAUAAAAGUUUUCAUGGCAGUUCAUGUAGUGUGUAUGAACUGAUAUAAUGCAGACCAUCUGAUGCUGUUUUUACAACUAAAUCAUUUAUUUCCUCAUUUAAGCCCCUUCUGUACCACUUCAGCAAGAUUAGAGUCUGAAUGGAAACUCUCACUUAUUUUCCAAGGAAUUCUGAGAAAUUUUUCUGUUGAACAGUUGGAAAGCUCUUUACUAUUUCAGUUGAUAUAACUUCCUUUUUUUAAAAAAAAUGUAGAUGCAGAUUUUCUAUAUCCCUUUAAUAUCUUUUAUUAGGAUCAUUGACUUUUGU